UUUGUCCCCCAAAUCGUAAUUUAGACCCAUUGACGUGGUCUAAUUUGAUGUGGGACACCCUGUAUAUUCUGAGGUAAACACAAAUAAAUAGCCAAAAAUGUUUCAUGGAACAGUUCUAAGGAGCCUAUAUAAGUAUUCCACAAAAAACUAAAUAUCUGCAGCAAGAUACAUUAUCAGACGACGACGACAUUUUAGUUAUUCUUUCAAUGGCUCAAAAGUUCUGUGUUAAACUGUACACGCGAAAUAUUGGCUUGGUUAUGCUUUUAAUUUGAAAGUUUGAAUUUUAUCUUUAUUUUGAAAAGGUGAACAGUCUCUUAUAUAUUUUAGAAUAUUUCUGGUCUGAAGACAUGAGAUUCAAUCAAAAAGCCAGCCUAGGAUCUUAUUUAAUAGAGAAGAAGAGAAAAGUAUUGUACUGCUGGAACCAUAAGGUUGCUAGCAGCUCAUGGUUUUCGGUUUUUUCAAAGUAUUCAAGGGAGAAAUUUACUAGUGACAAACUGUACAAGUUGACUGGGGUAAUGAGCCCAAAAAGCCUAGAAGAGUUCCAAAUUGCAGUUCAAGAAUAUAAAAAUAUUAUUCUGAUAAGGCAUCCUAUUCAAAGGUUGAUAUCUGCCUACAGGGACCGAGUUCAAGGUUUGAAGCUAUCUGUUCCAUUGUUCAGAAAAAUUUCCCAGACCCUUCGAAUUGAUGAAAAGAAUUCUCGUAAGAUUAUGACAAUUAGGAAAAUGAUUAGUGGAAAGCCGGUUCUGCAGAACCGUACAGUUGAGGUGUACAUGCCGACCUGGACAGAGUUCAUUCACUACAUUAUACUCACUCCAUAUCAACAUAUGGACUUUCAUUGGACCUUGUUUACCCAUCACUGUUCCCCUUGCGUAUCUAAUUUUUCCAUAAUUCUUCAGGCUGAUGAAUUAGAAGAUCAAUCCAGAGUUUUAAAAUCAACUAAUCUUACUCAG